GCUGUAAAGGAAAGCAGACUUUGGUUGACUCUCAUUUUAGGCGCGGGAGCAGGAAAAUCGGCCGUCGUCGCCCCGUGCAAGGGCGGGCAUGGCUGAAGUUAGAACACGAUGCCCCAACGACGUUGAGGAUAUUGACGGAACUUUUAGUAAAUCGGAGUUCCUGGAUUACAUUGGUACUAAACUUCACACGUCCGUAAGCACCUCUCGCAAAAGUUUUCGUGUUUUCUGGGACGAGGAAGAUGAUGAAUCAAAUAGCUAUCAGACACUCUUUUCCCAGUUGGGUCCACCUUUACUUCCUCCUCCCAUCGUCAAGGACAAGAUCAAAAUUGCGCUGCAGCAUGUAGAUCUCCUGUAUAAUCGAGCAAUGCUAGCUCAGUUCUGGGUGCCGGUGAUGAUCGGGGGACGGCGAUUCCUGAAAUCCUCAGACCAGCCUUUUGGGUUGACUUGCUUAAGGAAAGGACUAUGUUCGUACAGAAAGCUGUGUCUGAAUUAUUACUACUGUACGGAUAAUACCUGCAGUAGUGAUGGUGGUGCUGAUUAUGUGGAUGUGGAUGUGGAUGUGGAUGUGGACUGGAAUGGCGGAGGAGGGGUAAGAGAAAGUGUGCUUCUCACUGGUCCGCCUUCACGUGUCUUUCUUCGUGGACUGCCGGAGUAUAGCCCAAACGUGGAGUUCUACGCGGACUCGGAAUAUGCUUUAAGGGAUGAGGCUAUGGGCCGUAAGAUAAGUGACUAUAUGGCUGUGCCUGUGUUCGAUCCCAAUUCCCGAGAAUGUAUUGGCGUAAUUGAGCUGCUUUCAACUGCUGACUCAGUAAGAGAGAUGGAUAAUCCUGCAUAUAUAUUUGGGUUAAUCUCGACAGCACUUCAGGUUUGUCCUUGCUUCCUCCUCACCUAG